AUGUACAGAGUUGAUGAUCCCUCUAUAAAUCAUAUUAAUUAUGCUCAACGUUGCCGAACUUGGUUCGUCAAUGAACCAUUACCAGAUGUUUAUCUAAAUGAAUUACUACGAAGGCUAUGCCCUUGCUCUAUCCUUCAAGCUAUUCGUGAUAGACGAUUUAGAUUAAACUUGAAUACAUUUUACGCGAGAUCAAGGUUUUCACGAAGAGUUUUCAGUGGCGAGCGUAUAUAUCAACGAUGCUGCUACUCUUUAGCAGGAAAAUCUUUCGGUUCAUUAAUUACUAAUUAUCCCUUUGGAAGCUCAUUUAUUUUCAGGAAUACUACCUUACAAGCCAGAAACAAUGAGGCUCUAACGGAUUGUUGCAUGCGAUCUAGCCUAUGUAGUCUCUACUUAAAGAAAAGACCUAUCAAUAAAUGUGUUGGAUAUAAAGCACCGCGAAAAGCGUGGUUCUGGGGUGAUCCUCAUAAUCCCAAAUAUUUUACAAUUUUUGGCCAAUUAUGGAUGAUUAAUGCUAGUGAUUCACUUUUUACCUAUUCUAAUGGUCUAUCGGCUAGUAAUUAUUCAGAUCCAAACUUUACGCCAAUCUUUGGUCAAAAUAUUCAAGCAUUAUUUGCUAAUAAUACGGAACUCUAUAACCAAGCCGUAGCACAAUGCGGUAAUAAUAGUGAAUGUUUAUUUGAUGCUGCUGUCGUUAGUAAAGAUACAUCUCAGAUAUAUCAAGAUACAAGUAAUCAAUUAGAAAAUUUCCCCCCUCAAAUUUCUGGAUUGACGACAUAUAAUGUCACUUAUGGAAAUAUGUUUACUACAACAUUGAACAUAACAGAUCUUAAUAAUGGCGACAUUGUUACAGUCGAGAUGACUAAUCCUCCAAUAAAUUCCCAUUUCGAUAGACAAACUUACACAUUUACAUGGAAUAUAUCUACCUAUGAGAAUAUUUCAUUAACAUUUGUUGCUACAGAUAAUAAAGGAGCAAGAAGCGAGCUUGCACCUCAAAUUAUUAUGUGCUAUUGCUCGAAUAAUGGCACAUGCGAUUACGCAGCCGAAAUGGGUUACUGUUGA